UUUCGGGCAAGUAGAAAGGCAAAUAAAAAGUGACACAUUUUUAGAUCUUUUUUGGUUUAGUGUAACCCCACGUGGAAGAAAGGUAUAAAUACAGCUCCCCUUUCUUUCAAGCAAGUUGAUUUCUUUAUCAUUUAUUUAUUUUAUUGCACCACCUUCCAUUAUACAGCAUGGUUUUUUCAUUCAGCAAAAGAAAGACAAGAAGCAGACUUGUUAUUGACGAAUGCUCUUCAGGUUCAUCCGUUUCAGCGUCAAGAUCGAGUUCGUUUGAUCAGCCCAUGUCACCUGUUUUACCUGAAUCUUUGAAUUCGAAACUUGUUAAUGUACUUGUGGUGGGUCAAGUAUACGAGGAUACGAUCAUGACUGUGGAUUAUUAUCCACAAGAGGAUACUAAGGUGAGAUCAAGCCACACACAGCAAAGACGAGGUGGAAAUUGUGUAAACACUGCCGAAGUAUUAUCACAGUUUCCUAAAAUGAAUACAUCCAUUAUGUCUGCAGUUGGACCCAAAGAACAAUCACAUAAACUUAUUUCUCAGCUUGAACAAAAGGGUAUAAAGACGCAUACAUGUUUCUAUCGUAAAUCACCUACUCCUUCGUGUUAUAUUCUACAAUGCAAAGACACUGGUUCUCGAACAAUUAUUUCUUGCAAUACAACACAAGAUAUCACCAAGGAUGAAUUUGCUCGUAAAUUUGAAAUGAGUAGCAUCACAAAGACCAUGUCAUUUGAAUUUGAUGCCAGACCAGCCUAUUCUUGGGUUCAUUUCGAAGGUAGAAAUGUGUAUGAGACGGCUGCACAGAUUGAUUGGCUUGAAGCUAAAGCGACACGUGAAGGCUGGAGAUCUCAACUCACGAUAUCUGUUGAAUUAGAAAAACCAGAUAGGCCUCAUAUAGAUAUAUUAUUAACAAGAGGUGAUGUUAUAUUCUUUUCAAAGCUAUAUGCAACGAAGCGUGGUUAUGAUGAAGCCGAAGACUUUUUAAGAGAUAAUCAAGGCCGUUGUAAACCAGGAGCCAUUUUGUUCUGUACAUGGGGAGAACAGGGAGCCACAUGUCUAUGCAAGGGAGAGAUCCUUCAAUCCUCGGCACUGGCACAAGCGCACGUUGUGGAUACAGUGGGUGCAGGAGAUACCUUCAUAGGGGGAGUUAUUUACUGUAUGAGUCGCGGACAUACAUUAUUAACUACACUAAAGUUUUCUUGUGAGAUGGCUAGCAGAAAGGUAGCACGGUCUGGAUUUGAUGGUUUGGCAGAUACCAUGUUUAAGGUGUGGGAAACAUCACUUGGAGCAGAAUUAAACAGAGCCCAUCAUCAUCCAUCGUCUGGUCAUGGUCAAAUGUUACACUCUAAAAGCUAUGAAAAUGGAUUUCAUGGAUUUGAUUUUGGAACGAUAUCAAGUAGAAGAUCUGGUACGUCACAUUUAACACAAUCAUCUUCGGCUCCGUUAUUAAGAAAUUUAUCAAAUAAAAAAGAUAAACCUCUUUUAGGCCAGUUCUUUCCUUAGAUACACAACAUUAUACCCUCUACCACUUGUUCAUUUAAUUAAUA